AUGUUAUCCAAGAUGAUUGAAAGAGGAGCUCAGCAUCUCCUAGUUAGACAAGCACUGGCUCAACCAGCUUUGAAGAUGCUCGUGGCCCAGCCAACCAGAUCUUUCAGAAGUGAUUACAACAAUCCAUACAGAUAUAAUCCCACUCCAAUUUCAGAGUAUGAAAGAGAGAAGCAACAAGAGCUUCCAGUGUGGGACAGAGUAUUUGAUUUCAAGAAGUAUAUGGAUCACGAAGGUCCUCUCAAAUUAUCCACUGGCCUUGCAUUCGUUGAUGUCGAGCCAUUCCCAAGAAUGAAGUUAAUGAGACUUUACUACUUAACUCUUGAAGAAUUAAAAGAUCUCCCUGAAAAAUACGGCUAUAAAUUCUUAUCACAAGAACUUACCAGAUUCAGAAUGAAGUGCGUUGACGAGAACAGAUCAAUCAGGGCAAUUGAAGAGAAAUUAGCUUCAGGUCUUAUUGAAGAGCUUAUCGUUCAAGCUCACAACGAAUUAAAGCUUCUCAGAAUCAUGAAGAGCUGGAAACCAUGGGACUCUAUCUACAGCGAGAUUGAAGACAAAGAAGAACUCGCUAACUUCUUGAAUCUCAGAAUUAACAAUCCAUUCCCCACCUCUUUCGAGUCUUUCGAGAACAUCAGAAAUAACAGACCAAUCAGAAAAGCCACCGCUUCUGUUCACCCAGAUGCCACUCAAUGA